UCUUCUCCCCCCCCCCUCCCCGCCUCUCGGCCCUCGGUUGCCAGGCCCGCCGCGAUUAGCCGGGUCUGGGAAGAUGGCCUCCUCGGAGCAGGCUGAGCAACCUGGGCAGAUCGGCUCUUCUGGAAGCGAGAAUGGAGCAUCGCGCGAGGCCCUGAUUGCCACAGCAGUGAAGUUUUUACAGAACCCUCGAGUUCGCCAAAGCCCGCUUGCAAAUAGAAGAACGUUUCUGAAGAAAAAAGGUCUCACCGAUGAAGAAAUAGAUCUGGCCUUCCAGCAAUCGGGCACCCCGAAAGAGGAAACCCAGCCCCCCAAUCUCCCCCCACAGUUGGUGCCAAUUCAGUCCACACAGCUCUCCUCGUACAGUCCCCCGAGCUCCAGAUGGAGAGAUUAUGGUGCCCUAGCAAUUAUUAUGACUGGCAUUGCAAUCGGUUUCCACCAACUUUACAAGAAAUACCUGCUCCCCCUGAUCGUGGGCGGCAAGGAAGACAGGAAACAGUUGCAGAGGAUCGAGUCAAGCAUGUCGGAAAUGAGUGGCAGCGUGACGCAGACAGUGACUCAGCUCCAGACCACUUUAGCCUCCGUCCAGGAGCUGCUCGUUCAACAGCAGCAGAAAAUCCAGGAGUUAACCCAAGAACUGGCGACCUCCAAGGCCACCACAUCGACAAACUGGAUUUUGGAAUCUCAAAGUAUCAGUGAGCUGAAGUCGGAGAUCUAUUCGUUAAAAGGGCUCCUCCUGAACAGAAGGCAGUUCCCUCCUUCGCCAUCAGCCCCCAAAAUCCUCUCCUGGCAGAUCCCAGUGAAGCCCGCUUCCCCUUCCAACCCGGUGACCAACAACCAUAACACCAGCAGCGACAUCUCUCCGGUCAGCAACGAGUCCAACUCCCCUUCGCCCGUCAAGGAAAACCACAGCCCCGAAGGGACCAAAGUGGGCUGCCAUCUCUUGAGCCCCGCUGAGGAAGGGGAGGCGGUGAUCGACCUGACGGGCCAGGUGCGGAUGGAGGUGCAAGGGGAAGAGGAGAAGCGGGAGGAGCAGGCCCGUAUAGAAGAGGAGGAGGAAGAAGAAGAGGAGGAAGAGGAGGACAACCGUCCGGACGAAGAGGAUGUCCAGACCGAGGAUCGGCGAGGAGGCGACGGGCAGAUCAACGAACAGGUGGAGAAACUGCGGAGGCCCGAAGGCGCUAGCAACGAGAACGAAAUUGACUAGCUCACGGCCCCCUCUGUUCUCCCCCACCCAUCUCAAUCUUCCUUCGCCAAGGCUCCGAUCGCCCCCUUGCCUCACUUCUGUGGUUCGCCCCGAUCUCACCCCGCCAAGCAGGUGACGGGCCCUCGUCUCCCUCCCCGCCUCUCUACUGCAGCCCCACCCCCUUCCAGGUCUCCUCUCGCUCUCUCCCUCCGUGGACCCAGCCGCUCCGCUCAUCAUUCUCUCCCCCCCCCCCAAAUUGACUCCCGCCCAUCCAGCUACCUAAGCAAGCACAAACGUUUCCAUUGGCAGGAUGGGGAGACCCCUCAUUCCCACCUGCCCUUCCUCUCUUGGGGGCGGGGGGGGGCUUCUGGCCUUCCUCGAUCAUCCUCUUUAUUUAUUGCGUUCAGCCCAGAGAGCCAAAGGGUGCUUGCUUUGCUUCCGCUCUUGGCUUUCAAAUUGGUUUCUUUGCAGAAAGGCUGCUGGCGCCCAAGAGACAGUUUGGAGAUUUCAGGCCCGUGGGAACCCCCUCUCUGUUCCCCCUUGCCCUCUUUCUCGCACCCCCUUCCUGCUUUUUCCACCAUCAGAAGGUCUGGGAACCUGCCAGAAGCUUUCCGCGGGUCCCGUUCUCGCCUGGAGAGACCCCCCUUCCGCUUGGCACAGUUCCACCUUCCCCGCCUCCGCGGGGCUGGGCUGUGGCCGCUGGGGCUUCAGCUCCAACAUGGCUCGAUCCCCCCAAUGGAGCUAUUGCCAUCUUUCCCUCAUGGAUGGGGGCCUGUGUGUGCGACACAUACACACACACACACACACACACACACCCUCCCCUCCUUCCCGUCUUUGGCCCGGUUGGGUGGAGAAAAGAACUCGGGUUUUUAGAAACCUCUGGCGUCGUGUCCUCGGGUGUCGCCGCGGUCUCGGUUUCCAUUCCCGUCAUUAAAAGAGCCUCGAAACCAGUGACGAAACAUCGCGAGCCUCCUCUUCUUGCUCCUCGCCCAGAGGACGCAGCGAAACGUGCUCAUCUGUGUGAUCAUGUAUAGAAUUCCAGUAUAAAAUAUGACUGUACAUAAUUGUAAUAAAUAUGAGUUACCACUGUU